CCCGUGCAUGAAAAAUUGUUUACAUUUGGUGUUUAAAAAUAGAUUUUAGGUUUUGGUUCGGCUGAUACUUCACCUCCCCCUUCCCGGCAUCAACAACAAUUAUUAUUUAUAAUUAUAACUUCAUAUACGACGCCAAUAUUAUGCCAAUCGAUUAAUAAUAAUAAAGCACUGUUAUAAGUUUUAAGUUUAUAACCAUGUACUAAUUAUUAUCAUAAUGUUGUAUAAUAUGAUAAUAUAUUUUAUUAUUAAUGCGUUAAAUUCUUAAAUUGGCUGUUAACUUGGUAGAUACACUAUACAGUUUCGUAUGUUCAGUGUUUUUUCUUGUUGUAUAUUUCUUUGGUGAUUUUCAAUAUCUGCCUGUAUGUUGAGUUUGAGUAUUGGUUAUUAGAAAUGGAAAGCAAAAGAAAGGGUGGUGCCGAGAAAAUGAGAGAAAAAAAAAAAAAACUCUUAAUAAAGUCAAGUGAGAGCUGUUUGAAAAUAAACCAAUGCUUUUCAUCAAAUACACAUAGUGACUCUGUUAUGAAAAAAAAUCUCUGUAAUCAACCACAAAUAAGCAUUCAAAAUAGUAAUGUGAGUAAUGAUGAAGUGAAUUUUGGUGCUAGUACUAGUAGUACAAGCUCUAAUUUAAUGGAUUUUGAAGAUAACCAACUAGUACAAAAUCAAGAUGUCAUUGUUGUUAAAGAUAUUAAUGUUGAUAUCUAUGAAAAAUCACAAAUUAGCUAUUUUAAAAAGCCCAACAAAAAUUAUCUUGGUCAAUUUUUUGAAUAUCAUCCACAACAACCAUUUUUGGAUAUUCCUUUUAAAUCAACUAAAGCCUUUUACCGGAAAAAUAAAACUCAACGUGGUUGGCUUUCGUAUGAUAUAUUUUCCCAAAGUUUAUUUUGUAGUGUGUGUUUAUGUUUUUUCUUCAGAAGAUAA